CUAAACCAAAUACUAGGAUCGAACAUGGAAAUGAAAUUGAUCUAUUAAAAAACGAAAAUGAUUUUUUUGACGUUGAUAAUGGCAGUAUGCAUCUACAACAGAAUCAUCAAUAUGAAAAGGCAAAACAAGACUGGUUUAUUUUGGUAUCUAAGCUUCUGAAAAGCCUUUCUCUCUCCUUCAAAACCAUACAACAACAGAGGCAGAGGGUUUUUGUCUCUCCUCUUCCUCCAUCUUCCCAUCUCCCAAUUGCAGUUUCCUCAUUCAGGAUUCGUGCUGGAUCUUUGGUAUUUGAGUUGGAAAUUUGCUGAUGGAACUGAGCCCUCCAGAUCUACAAGGAUGAGCAUGUGGUAGAACUCAUUUUCUCUCGCCCCUGUUUGGCGGUUUUUGGAAGUGGGCUUAUAACUUGAAAUUUUCUGGUAUUUGGGUUUGAUUUGCCUAGUCGGUUUUUUAAUCAGGACUGUGAAUUGACAGACAGAAGAACUAUUGGGGGUUUGGUUUUCAUGGAAUUUGGAUUUUGAGUAAGGAGUUUUCCUGAUAGUUUUGGUGCAUGUGAGGAUGCAUCCGCUGUUUGCUUGGGAAAUAUAAAGUUGUUCUUUUUUGUUUGUGGAGGAUUAGAUAGUGGGAAAGAACGGAAAAAGGGAUGGACUUUGUUGUGGGAACUGAUGUUGUGCACUUGAAGGAUGAAAUUAACCCUGAGGAACCUCUGUGCAUCGAAAUAGAAACUGAGGAGACUGAAACUGGAACUCCUAAAAAUAAAGUUCAAGGCUUUCUGCAGGAAAAAGGUGAGGGAAGUAAUGUUGUAUUUUCUAGAGAGGCACCUCGUAUAAGUAAAGAGUCAAGAACAUCUAGUGGUUGUGCUUGUGGUGGGAAAAAAUUUAAAUCCAGGGAGGCUGUAGCAGAUUCUGAGCUUGGCAUGAAGGAGAAAUCCGGGCAUGAUAAGAAACUCAGUAGACAAGAUCGGAUUGAAUUGGGUCGGUUGUUUCAGGGUGCUAUAAGUUCCCAUGAUUGGGAACUUGCUGAGAGUUUAAUUUUGUUGGCAGAUCCACAAACUCUUAAUGAUGCCUUGUGCAUUACACUUGAUGCCAUCUGGUUUUUGUGCACGCAGCAAGAGCUUUAUGGGAUUACUGGAUUGAUCAAGAAGAUCAUUACUAAUGGUGCUUGUGACUUUACAAGAGCUGCUCUCAGGACAUCAUUUCUUGCAUCCUGUGUUUCUGCUUGCCAGAGUCGAACAAUGAGUCUCGCAGACACGGUAACUGUCAUGGCUCAAAGGUUGCACGAGCGCCUCCAGGAAUGCAAUGGGGAUGAGGUCUUGAAGGCUGAAGCUGGUGCCAAGGUUCAAAAGUUUACCGAUUGGGCCUUGAAAUGUAUAGGUUUCCAUUCCCGUUGCCAAGGGAACAGGGAUAGAGUGAAUCACUACUCAGCCGUUGAGAUCCAACUGCAGUUAUCUGCAUUCAAGACAUUCUUAGAUCUUGCUGGCAAUCAACUGACAGGAAAGGAUUUCACAGAGGCAUUUGACGCAGCUUGUUUUCCUCUUACUCUCUUCUCUAGCUCAUUUGAUACAGGUUGGGCAUCAGGCAUAUCAGCUACAGUGAUCCAAGGGUUGUUGGGUAUGUUGGUGGAAGGAGGUGCAGACAAUGUAAACCAGUGUUUCCUUGAAGCCUCUCGGUUUGGGAGUACAGAACUUGUGCGGAUUCUGUUGCAGAUUGCCCAGAGGAACAGCUUGGAUGUUGAUGUUGACCUUGCUUUGGGCUUUGCCUCUCACUACUGCAAGAUUGGGACCAUGGAGUGUCUAGUAGAAGAGGGUAAUGCUAUAGCAUUCCUGGGCCCUCUGAUGAGAGCGGCUGAGAGGGGUUGUAUGCAGGUUGUCCAGUGGUUUGUGAAAAGGGGUUGCCGAGACAUGGAGCUCUGUCUAGCCCUGACAGCUGCUACUUCCUGCAGUCAAGUUGAUGUUGCUGCUUAUCUCCUCCCUCAUGUCCCUCAGCAUGUCCUUGCUGCGCUGAGCAUUGAAAUUCUCAAGGCUGCUGGUGAACGAAGUGGUGGAUCUUUAGAUGGUGUGGCAUUUCUCCUCCGCUCUGAUUUCUUAGGUGAUCCUGCAGCCACGUAUGCUGUUGCAGAUAGCAUUGCCAGGUCAGAUGACGAGGCUGUUACUCCUGAACUGAAAGCUUUUCUUCAUAAGCAUUGGUCACAGGCUGCUUUCUUCGAUGGAUUAAAGCAAGGCCACGAACAUUACAUGAACCUCAUGAGGAUUUUGAAGCUGGGCGGAUCUCCCAUUUGCCUGAGGGAUCUCCCAGCACCGUUAAGGAUGGCAAUUGCAUACCUCCCACUUUACAGAGAGUGUCUUCAAACAGGCGGACGUCUGUUAUCACAAAGACUUCGCGGGCAGCUUGUUGUAGCCGUGCAAAGGCUUGGUGGUCAGGCCUUAGAAGAGGUAAACCAGGGCAGAGAACUGUUAGCAAUUUUGGAGUCUCACCUUCCUCCAUUUUUGGUUCAGGCUUCCAGUGUCGAGUAGUAAGUAAAUACUCAAUCCACUGGAACCUUUGCGUUUUUCACAUCACCUCCCUCCCCACCUUCUCUACAUCUCAUGUGUCAUAGCUAAUCGCAACAUUUCCGCUGUGGUUAAGAUGACAAAGCUAUUAUGGUUUGUCAAAUUUUCCUUCCACCAUGUGGUUUGCCUUAAAUUAGGUCUCUCUGUAUUCCUAUGUCACAUGCCAUAAAUCCAAGUCAUAUGUAUGUGGUUUUAUGAUGAUGUAAGUCAGAGUCAGAGAGCAACAAUAUCCACUACAUGUUGAUAAUAUGAUGGGAUUAUGUAUAUUAUUUUAAUCAAAAUACCAUAUUAUA